UUAGUUCAAGUAAUUAAAUUUUCUUACAAUACACAUAAGAGAAACACUCACAAAACACAAAUGAACUUAAGUUCCCCAAUCAUCCAUUUUCUCAUGCAUUUUAUUUUUCUUGUUGCUUUCAUUUGUCCUAUUAACUCUUCAAAAACCAGCAAUCAUCAAAAACUCAAUCAAACUUUACAAUAUGAGGAAGAAUUUAACAAAUUGAAUAAGUUUGCUGUCAAGACAAUUCAGAGUCUUAAAGGUGAUAUUGUAGAUUGUGUUUUGACUCAUAAACAACCAGCUUUUGAUCAUCCUUUAUUAAAAGGACACAAACUAUGGAGUCCUCCAAAAGAAUCAAAAGAGCAUAAACAAAUAAAUAGUUUGAGAGAAAGCAUUCAAUCAUGGAGUUUAUCCGGAGAAUUUUGUCCAGAAGGAACAAUACCAAUUAGAAGAACAAAAAAAGAAGAGAUAAAAAGUUGGAGAACAGAUAUAAUUCAAAGACGUUAUCAUGCAACUGCAAUUGUGGAAGGGGAUGGGUACACAGGAGCAAAGGCUAACUUAAACAUGUGGGAUCCUCAAGUGGAAAAGAAAGAUGAAUUUAGUGCGGCUAAAAUAUGGGUUAUCUCUCAAUCAUUUGCAGAAAAUAUUGAAGCUGGCUGGCAGGUAUUUCCGGGUAAAUAUGGGGACAACAAGGCGCGACUUUUUGUUUAUUGGACGGUUGAUGGUUAUAACCAAACAGGAUGUUAUAAUUUAGAAUGUCCGGGUUUUAUUCAAACUAACAGGGAAAUAUAUCUUGAAAGUGCAAUUGAUCAGACUUCGGUAUAUGAUAAUGAUCAAUGUGGUCUCAACUUAAAGAUCGAGCAGGAUACGGAUAGUGGGAAUUGGUGGCUUGGAUAUGGAGAUGGACAUAUACUUGGGUACUGGCCAAACAACCUAUUCACAGAGUUAAAAGGUGAAGCACAUUUAGUUCAAUUUGGUGGAGAAGUAUUGGAUAUAAACCCUUCAGGGUAUCAUACUGCCACUUCCAUGGGUAGUGGCCAUUUUGCUGAAGAGGGUUUUGGAAAAGCUGCAUUUUUUAGUAAUAAUCAAGUUAAGGUUUCUUCCAACAUAUGGAUUGACCCUCCGGAACCCAAGUUUUCAGUAGAUCAUCCUAAUUGUUAUAAUAUAAAAAGUGGGUUUAGUUCAGAGGCAGGAUUUUUCUUUUACUAUGGUGGACCCGGUAGGAAUGAAGAUUGUCUUUAUGGUUUUCUUUAA